GCUGGGGGGCACACUGCUGGGCUGGAGGAGGAUGCGGGCCGGGAAAGGCCGGACGCAGCAGCGUGGCGGGACGCUGGGCCUGGGGAGCGGACCUGUCCACCUGUGCGGACGGGUGCUGCGGCCCCUCCACCCACACGUCCAUUGGGCGGUGCCGCCAUCACUCUCCCCUCAGCAACACCGCCUUCUCCGCGGCUAAGCCUGGAUCCCCUCCCCCGCCACUCUCGCCCCGCUCCGUCCUGGGAGCCUUUCAUUGGACGGAGGCGCGGUCGAUCCGCCUCGAGUGAGGGAGACGAUUGGACACGAGGCCUUCGGGCCGCCCCCAGCCUAUUUGGAUUGGCUUGCUGCGCGUUGGCGCAACGGAAGAGGCGGCCGGCGGAGGGUGCGCUUCUGCUUGGGCUGGACUGCCGCGGAGGAGGCGACAAGCGGUCCGGCGCUGGGGGGCUGGCUCGGGCGGCAGCGGUGGCUGCUGCGGAUGGGAGCGGGCCGGCUCGGCGUUCCCAUGGAACGCCACGGCAGAGCGUCCGACACCUCCGCCUCGUCGGCGGGGGAGCCGGCGCCCGAAGGGCCUGAUGGGCGGCGGCGGGAGCUGCUGCGGUGCCGGGCGAGCAGCGAGUCGGAGCCCCCAGGCGGGGCCUCGGCUUCGGCGGAGUGCGUCAGACGAAGCCGGCCCGGCUCCUGCAGCUGCGCCCCCUCGGUCUCCCGCCAGCGCGUCGAAAGCCUUAGGAAGAAGCGGCAGCUUUUUCCGUGGUUUGGCUUGGAUAUUGGUGGAACCCUGGUCAAGCUGGUUUAUUUUGAACCCAAAGACAUCACUGCUGAAGAAGAAGAGGAAGAGGUGGAAAGUCUUAAAAGCAUUCGGAAGUACCUGACCUCCAAUGUGGCUUAUGGGUCCACAGGUAUUCGGGACGUGCACCUGGAGUUAAAGGACCUGACUCUGUGUGGACGCAAGGGCAAUCUGCACUUUAUACGCUUUCCCACUCAUGACAUGCCUGCUUUCAUUCAGAUGGGCAGAGAUAAAAACUUCUCGAGUCUCCACACUGUCUUUUGUGCCACUGGAGGUGGAGCGUACAAAUUUGAGCAGGAUUUUCUCACAAUAGGUGACCUUCAGCUUUGCAAACUUGAUGAACUAGAUUGUUUAGUAAAAGGAAUUUUAUACAUUGACUCAGUUGGAUUCAAUGGACGGUCACAGUGCUAUUACUUUGAAAACCCUGCUGAUGCUGAAAAAUGUCAGAAGUUACCGUUUGAUUUGAAAAAUCCAUACCCUCUGCUUCUGGUGAACAUUGGCUCUGGGGUUAGCAUUUUAGCAGUAUAUUCCAAAGAUAAUUACAAGCGGGUCACGGGUACCAGUCUUGGAGGAGGAACUUUUUUUGGUCUCUGCUGUCUUCUUACUGGCUGUACCACUUUUGAAGAAGCUCUUGAAAUGGCAUCUCGUGGAGAUAGCACCAAAGUGGAUAAACUAGUUCGAGACAUUUAUGGAGGGGACUAUGAGAGGUUCGGACUGCCGGGCUGGGCUGUGGCAUCAAGCUUUGGAAACAUGAUGAGCAAGGAGAAGCGAGAGGCAGUCAGUAAAGAGGACCUCGCCAGAGCAACAUUGAUCACCAUCACCAACAACAUUGGCUCAAUAGCAAGAAUGUGUGCCCUUAAUGAAAACAUUAACCAGGUGGUAUUUGUUGGAAAUUUCUUGAGAAUUAAUACGAUCGCCAUGCGGCUUUUGGCAUAUGCUUUGGAUUAUUGGUCCAAGGGGCAGUUGAAAGCACUUUUUUCGGAACACGAGGGUUAUUUUGGAGCCGUUGGAGCACUCCUUGAGCUGUUGAAGAUCCCCUGAUCGUUACCUGGGGAGGGGUUCCUGGAACAUUCCACAGUGGGAUCUGUGAACUUUUGUUUUUUAAGAGACUUACUCAAUUUUAUGAUUGUGUACUACCCGAAUCAAAGCAAGAAAGGACAAGUGUAUUUUUCUAAGUCAUCAAGAUAAAUCCUUAAA